AAGGAAAUCAACAAAGAGAAGAAAUCAAAAAUAUCUGCUAUGAACUCCCUGAAUUCCACCCUCUCUCUAAAUACAACUUUUGUGCGUCCCCUGUUUUUUUUCAUCACCGGUUUUCAUAACAUGCCCCAUGCCAAAUACUACUAUGUUUUCCUGUGCUUUGUUUUUGUGGUCACUGUGUUGGGGAACUCCUUUGUCAUGUUUAUUAUAUACACAGAGCGCAGUUUUCACACCCCAAAGUAUAUGGCCAUUUUUAAUUUGGCUGUAGCUGACUUGGGUGAAAGCACUGCUCUUAUUCCAAAUGUAAUUUCAGUGUUUCUUUAUGAUUCACACUAUAUCUCCUUUGACACUUGCUUGGCAAACAUGUUUUUUGUGUUUUUCUUUUCCAGUUUGCAGUCUUUCACUCUUACCGUUCUGGCCUAUGAUAGAUUUGUGGCAAUAUGCUUGCCACUGAGAUACCAUGCCGUCAUCACAAUGCAAGCGAUGGCUGUGAUAUUAACAGGGGUAUGGGCAUAUAAUUCAGUUUUACUGAUUCUAAUGGUGAGUUUAGUUACCAGGCUGUCUUUUUGUAAAUCCAUCGUUAUAAACAGCUACUUCUGUGGUCAUGGAGCCGUACGUAAAUUGGCUUGCAAUGACAAUCUCGUAAAUUCUAUCGUGGGAAAACUUAAUAUGGUAUUGCUCCUUUAUUUACCUUUGAUUCUGACUUUACUGUCAUAUGUGUUUAUUGCUGACGUACUGUUUAAAAUGGCCUCAUGGGAAGGGCGACUUAAAGCCAUUAAGACUUGUUCUGCACACCUAAUGCUUGUGGCUAUAUAUUAUCUUCCAAUAAUGUCUACCUACCUUGCUGCAAUUGCUUUUACCAUUAAUCCUAAUGACGGCAUCAUUAAUACAUCGUUUGCAAAUGCCAUUACCCCCAUGUUGAACCCAAUCAUUUAUGUGCUGAACACUGAAGAGGUAAAGGAAUUCUCAAAAAAUAUUUUCAAAAGAAAAAAAAUAAUAAUAACCUGAACACAAAUAUUACGGUAGGCAGUGGCAGAGGUUAGCAAUUCCUUAACCUCUUUUGAUCACAAAAGCAUGUAGGGCAGUUUAAAGAAUUGUGCCACUAAUCAGAUAAAGAGACAAUGCUCAGUUGCAAAACAUCCUACUGGAUCAGCAUUGUGUAAACCUCAGAUUCUCCAUAAUACAGUGUAAUCAUGUUUGUAAUCAUGUAAUCAUGCGUGUGAUAGGCUUACUGCUGUAGUGCAAGCAGGAUCAUUUAUGUACUGUUUUGUUGUGAUUGUGUCUUUAUUUGAUGACUUGGGCUUUUCCCUUUGAUCCUUCGGUA